AUGGGUUUAGCCAGGAGUAAGGCACUAAAACAAGAUACCAUCAAAAGAAUGCAAGAUCACGGUAACAUGCUUGUUGGAAGCACAGGCAGUCGGCUAUUGGACGGCAAUUCAGAAGAACAUGAACAACUUGAACUUCGACUUGCACAACAUUUCAGCGCACAAUCAGCGCUCUUAUUCAAUAGCGGAUAUGAUGCAAACACUUCUAUGCUAUCUGUUAUGCCACAGCCAAACGAUGUGGUCUUAUACGAUGAAUUGGUGCACGCAAGCAUGCAUGACGGAAUGCGUUCUUCCCGUAUUCCAUCUUCUCGAAGAAUACCAUUCAAGCAUAACGAUUUAGACGACUUUACGGUUAAAGUGCAAAAUGCCUGGAAAGCUUGUCAAACAAAAGCUGCAAAUGUGUUUGUAGCUGUCGAAUCAGUAUAUUCUAUGGACGGUGACAUUUGCCCUUUACCACAACUGAUCGCAAUCUUGAACAAACAUGUACCACAAAACAGCCGAUGUUUGAUCGUCGAUGAAGCGCAUGCAGUCGGUUUAUAUGGUCUCAAUGGAUCUGGUAUCUGUGAAGCUAUGGGAUUGCAAGACUCUGUUGACGUUCGAUUGGCGACAUUUGGAAAAGCGUUUGGAUGUUCGGGUGCAGCUGUUUUGUGCUCUGAUCUUGUUCGACUAUACCUGAUCAAUUAUGCGAGACCUUUGAUUUAUUCGACCGCUUUACCGCAUCCUGCCUUGUUCACCAUUCAAGCCGCUUUGGACCUACUCAACACGCCAGAUGGCACAUUACGAGCUCAACAUACAUUCUUUCUUACGCAUCUCUUCAUCGAACGUCUGCAUGGUUUGAUGGGAAAGGUUGAUGCUACUGGAGGAAGCAAGCAAGUACAAUUGCCAAGUGAUAUUCAAAAGCGAUUGGAGUCCAACCCAUCCUUCACGGGCAAACAAAAGGAGCAUCCUUUAAGUAUUCCACAACCUCCAAUCGUACCAAUCUUAACUUCUCACGCGCAUGAUUUAGCCAAAUAUCUCGUUUCACAUGGCUACCUGGUACGCCCGAUCGUCUACCCAACCGUUCCUCGUGGAUCAGAAAGAGUUCGAAUUUGCAUUCAUGCUCAUAAUACCCAAGAACAAGUGUUCGGUUUGACUGAAUGCGUUGCAAAGUGGAUCGAAGAUGGCAAGGUCAUUACGGAGGAUGGUUUUGGGGGACAAGUAGAAAAAGCAAAAUUAUAG